UAACGAGACUACCGAGCCAAGCAGUCAAAAGUGUCUGCAGAAACUACACUGCCUCAGAGAAACGCUGGUUGCGCACAAGAAGAACAUCCAUCACAGUGUUCUACAUUAUUAUAGUUGAUUAAUUUAUUGUGCACACUUUACAUUUAAUAUAAAACACGCAUUUUAACGGUUUGAGCGUUGUUUGUAAAAUAAAGCGGCAGUAGGGCAAUAAACUGCACCGUCGGCAGUAAGUUGCAGCAUACAAAGUUAUCUAGUUUUCGCCGUGCAUGGCUGUGAAUCAAACAGGAAAUUAACGGCGCUGGAGAUGCUGAAAGCAUCUUUGGCAUUCUCCCAUAGCUAGACCUACAUAAAAAUAUUAGCUAAAGGGCUAACUGAAUAAUUGACACGAAUAUUCGCCAACUGGUUUGCAAGGAUUUAAACGAAAGAUGUCCAUUGGAGUGCCAAUCAAAGUUCUUCAUGAAGCUGAGGGCCACAUUGUUAACUGCGAGACCAACACCGGGGAGGUGUACCGCAGGAAACUCAUUGAAGCUAAAGACAACAUGAACUGCCAGAUGGCCAACAUCACAGUGACCCACAGAGACGGCCGUGUAGCCCAGCUGGAGCAGGUGUACAUCCGAGGCAGCAAGAUCCGAUUCCUCAUUCUCCCUGACAUGCUGAAGAACGCACCCUUGCUAAAGAGUAUGAAGAACAAGAACCAGGGAGCUGGAGCAGGAAGAGGCAAAGCGGCCAUUCUCAAAGCACAAGUGGCUUCCAGGGGUCAAGGACGUGGAGGGAUGGGAAGAGGACAUAUUUUCCAGAAAAGGCGAUAGUUUAAAAAUAUAUAUUUUCUACUUUCUAUAUUACAACUUGUUUGUUAUUCUUUUGUGAUCAAUUAUGUGAAAUGACAAUUUCCAUAUUAAAAUGAUUUUCUUACUA